AGGAUUUGUCCGGAGAAAGAAAGAAGCUGGGCCCAAAGGUGUUUCAAAAAACAAAAAAAGAACCUGGGCCCAAUGCAGAUGCAGCCACGCACGCAACCUAUCUAUCUAGCCCAUAUUCUAAAGAAAAUCUAUCUAGCCCAUGAGAAGCCCACCGGCCCAUUAGUCCAUUACGACUCUCCCCCUUCACCGUCGUCGCCGACUCGCCCCCCGCCGAUACGGACCAACAACCAACACCGGACAGAUUGAUCGGAGAUGAAGUCCUUCGACCCGUGGCCAUUGAUCAUCCGUCGGGAGUCUGGGAACCCUUCCUUGCCGGAUCCGCCGUCACCAACCUCACCGCCGGCUUCAGGGAGGAGGAGCUCAACCGAUGCUUGAUCCACCGACCGAUCGCUCGCCAGGGGACAACCUGAAAGACAGCAUCCCCCAGACCCCCAUAUACCCAGCCCACCAUCCCCCCGUCGCCGGGUGCAUUAGACACCAGUCCCCGCCGUCGGAGAUCCAGAGAAUCACCGGAGAAUGAGAUGAAGCCCUUCAACCCAUGGCCGCUGUUCUUCUGCCGGGAGUGGGUUGGGGCCGCAACUGGCGCUUCCUCGUCGGCUUCUCCGUCACGGGCAUCCUUGCCAGCAAGCACCCCGCCGGCUUCACCGAUAGAUCGACCGCCAGGAACCCAAACGGAGAUGGAGUGCACAGGCAAGGAAUAGCUAUAGACGCAGAUGGAGGUGGUGAGCGCUUCUCAUGGCGCGUUGGGUCCCCUCCUGGGGAAGCUCACCGCCUUGCUUGUGAAUGAGUGCGGCCGUCUGAAAGGGGUCCGCCGCGAGAUCCGCUCCCUCCGGUCUGAGCUUACUCACAUGCAUGGUGCGCUCAAGAAGUAUGCUAAGCUUGAGGAUCCUGAUGACCAGGUAAAGGAAUGGAUAUCACUGGUGAGGGAGCUAGCUUAUGAUACGGAGGACUGCUUCGACAAGUUCAUUCACCACCUAGGCAAGGACGGGCAAGGUUCCGGCUUCAAAGAGUUCUUCCGCAAGACGGCUCGCCGUCUAAAGACGCUUGGAGCUCGUCGUGGAAUUGCCAACCAAAUCGACGACCUGAAGGUUCGUAUCAAGGAAGUGAAAGAGCUCAAGAAUAGUUACAGACUGGAUGACAUUGCUUGUGGAACCUCUGGCCAAGCAGCCUUGGAUCCCCGGCUGUCUGCUCUUUUUGCUGAGGAGACACACCUUGUGGGCAUUGAUGGUCCCAGAGAUGAUCUUGCCAAGUGGAUGAUGGAAGAAAAAAACAAGCAUCAUUGCAGGGUGUUGUCUAUUGUUGGGUUUGGUGGAUCGGGGAAGACAACACUGGCGAAUGAAGUCUAUCGCAAGAUUCAAGGGCACUUUCAUUAUCAUGCUUUUGUCUCGGUCUCGCAAAAGCCAGAUACAAGGAAAAUUAUCAAGGAUGUGAUCUCGCAAGUGUCUUGUAAGGAUGAAUUCAUAAAAGGUAUAGAAUUUUGGGAUGAAAAGAAAUCCAUUGCAAAGCUAAGAGAACUACUACAAGACAAGAGGUAUUUUUUUUUUUGCAAAGUAUGCUUGCAUUAUUGUCAUUAUUUGAGGUAAAAAUAUUUAGCAUGCAAUUUUUCACAUAAGAAACAACAUUGCACCACUAGCUGUGCUUGUUAUCACACGGGCUUAUCAUCAUUUCUGACACCUUACUGCACGUACUAGGAAGUUUUCACGCAAGUGGAACAAGCUACAAACAUGGUAAACCCUGGUAGUUAUAAAUUACAUUUUGCAACUUCUCUUCCAUAUUUUAGCUAAAAUGCUUAGCACAAGAAAAUAUCUAUAACCAUUUCAUGUGUUUUUAAUUCAAAGUACAAUGUAGAAGGACACAGGCAGACAUAUGAGUGUGUCCCCCUCCCUGAACUAACAGAGGCUAGGGAUAAAUCUGCUAUCUCGUCCAUUGGGGCACCCUAUCACCUCCAUAACCGCAGAAAGAGUGUAAAAAUGUUAGUUCGGUUCUCUGCAGUAAUAAUCUAUUGACAUGAAAAUUAAAAGAAUGUUGAUGUUUAUUACAGAAAAUUGCUUCACCAGUUUUCUUUUCUUUCCAAAUUGCACAAAUUUG